AACGGUGUCUGGGGUUGUUCGUGUUAGUGGCCGUGUCGGUGGUUCGCUGGGUAAAGAGCCGCUGGAGCCUCCGUGGUGUCCAGUUAACCCUCCGCCGCUGCUGGUGUCCGGUUGACCGGGGGAUGCUGUGAUGUGAAGUGACAGGUCUGGCUGUGCUAUGCUAACUGCAGCUAAGGUGAUUAAACUGCACUCAGUGUGGAGUACAAGUUCAGGAGCGAAUGAGGACAGACGGUUCAUCAGCAGGCCCUGAGCUGGCUGAUCCCACAGCGGAGAGGAAACCUUGUUUUGGGUGAAUGUGAGGGAGCUUUGGACAACCGUAGCCUGAAGGCAUUUCGAUUUCUCUGAGAUGUCACUCAGACAAGCAGGAGGGAUGUCCAUCGCACAGGCUUUGGCCAUGACCGUGGCGGAGAUACCGGUCUUUCUCUAUUCCACAUUUGGCCAGUCCAUCUUUUCUCAGCUAAAACUUACACCAAACUUGAAGAGGGUGCUCUUUGCCACAGCGAUAGGCAGUGUUGCUCUGGCUCUCACUGCUCAUCAGCUCAAGAGGCGGGGGAGAAAAAGGAACCAGGCAACACAACGGAAGGAGGGCCAGAAGACAGUGGGAAUACCUGAAGCACUGAGGAAGACAGGAAGACCCUCUUCAUUAAAGAGAGGUCAGUUAACUGGUCGUCAGAUGAUGAGUCCGAGCACCAGGAGCAACGACACCAUGAGUGGAAUUUCUUCCCUGGCUCCCAGUAAACACUCAAGUUCCUCACACAGCAUUGCAUCAAUGCGGGUCCUAGGCUCCCCAAGCCAGUCUGCCAACCCAUCCACGCCCUGGGAGGCAGAACCUGUGGCAGAAGAGUCAGGGGCAGUAGAGGAUGCGAACGCAGAGAAUCUGUAUUUAAUUGGAAUGGAGCUUUUUGAGGAAGCUCUGAGAAAGUGGGAACAAGCCCUGAAUAUUCGCCAUCACACCUCCUCAACCUCCAGCAACAACAGCCUCGCUCUGCAGGGGGCAGCAUGUGGAGACUUUCCCAUGGUAAUGGCUGAAGCCCAUAGUAAAGGGUUUGCUGACAAGUUAGAGACUCUACUGCACAAGGCGUACCACCUACAGGAGGAUUUUGGCAGCACUAUCCCUACGGACAGCGUGCUGGCAGACUUUGAGAGCGAAGGAACUCUUAUCUUGCCUCAAGUGGGGAAUUUCCACAGACUGCAAGAUGAUGAUGCGACUACUGUUACCUCCGACCAGUCCUUCUUCUCGGCCGCAGAGCUGUUUGAUGCCAUGUCUCUGGAAGAGCACUACCAGCCUCUGAAGCCUUCAGCUCUUUAUGAAGAAGCCCUGUCUCUGGUACGAGAGGGAAAAGUGUCAUAUAGGUGCCCGAGGACUGAACUACUUGAAUGUUAUGGUGAUCAAGAUUUCCUGGCCAAACUUCACUGUGUGAGACAAGCAUUCCAGGUGCUGUUGUCAGAUGAAACUCAUCGCACGUUUUUCAUGGAGACCGGGAAGCAGAUGAUUACAGGGUUAAUGGUGAAGGCCAACAAGAGUCCUAAAGGCUUCCUAGAGAGCUACGAGGACAUGCUGCUUUACACCCAGAGAGAGGAAACGUGGCCAGUUACGCAGAUGGAGCUAGAGGGCCGAGGAGUGGUGUGUAUGAACUUUUUUGACAUAGUGUUGGACUUUAUCCUAAUGGACGCAUUCGAAGACCUGGAGAGCCCUCCCUCAUCUGUGGUAGCUGUGCUGAGGAAUCGCUGGCUCUCUGACAGCUUCAAAGAGACGGCUCUGGCGACUGCUUGCUGGUCUGUCCUAAAAGCGAAAAGGCGUCUGCUCAUGGUUCCUGAUGGUUUUAUCUCCCACUUCUAUGCCAUAUCAGAACAUGUGAGCCCAGUUUUAGCUUAUGGGUUCUUGGGACCCAGGCAGCACCUAAGUGAGGUCUGCACUAUCUUCAAGCAACAAAUCGUGCAGUACCUUAAGGAUAUGUUUGACCAUGACAAGGUCCGCUUCACCUCUGCUAACAGCUUGGCCGAGGACAUCCUGAACCUUUCCCACCGCCGCAGCGAGAUUUUACUGGGGUAUCUGGGGAUCGACAGACUUCUGGAGCUCAACGGUUCCCUGCCCAGGGACACCGACAGCUCUUAGGGGCCCGACUCAAACAGCAUGAAGAGUUACUGAGGGCUUCAUGGGGCUUGUGCAGGCCAGACGCAUUGGAGUCGCAGCUCAGCACUUGAUCUGCGCUAAGACUGGAUUAAAUCAUACUCCUGUGAUACACUGGGAACCACAGUUAAUUAUUCAUUCAUCAUCAAACACUCACAGAGGAUAUAUUUUCACUAUCAUCACUGGUUCUAAUGAGGGAAACUGGUUGGACUCCACCUCUUCCUUGUUAUCAGCUGCUGGGCUGCAUAUCUGGAGAAUGCCUACAUGUGAUCUCAGACGUGUGAGGAGGUGUCUCUUACUGGUUGGGUUUCCAGGCUACUUAAAAACACACGAAACUGAAGCAUGGGGAACACAUGAAAAAGGUCCCUUCCACAUUAUUUUUUCACGUGGAGCAAGUGUCUUCAGAUAACUAGUGGUUGCACCUUCCAUUCGUCUGACGUGUGAAAACACAUGGAAUAUCAUAUUCGUCACUGUUACGUGAAAAGAAGUGUGUUGACGUGUUUUGUUUUAUAUUAAAGGGGCAAAGUUAUUUGUUAAAUCCAUGUUAAUGUGUGACAGAUUUGCAGUGUGUAAUGAAGGACGUAAUGAAGUUAUCUCCUCACUGAUGCUACUUAAGUCCCUUAGUUCCUAACCUUACCCCUCUUUAAUUUAAAGAAGUAUUUAUUCCAGUUUGAUUUGGUCAAGUAGGCUGAAAUGUGACAUAUGAGAGUGACUGUAAUAAGAAGAGUAGUGUAAUGACAAUGAAAUAAGGUCAUCCUGAAACUUUAUGCAGACCCCAGAACAUUUCUCAUAUAGUCUUCUGGACAUAGCAGUGGUCCCGCGAAGAUGCAAGUUAUACUUUCUCUAAGUCAUAGUGAGCCCACACUUUAUCUGGAAAUGAAUCCCAUGGCACAAAACAAACUGCAAAUAACAGAAAAAUGUGUUUUAAUACUAUUACAUAGGAUUGGUGUUGAUUAGCAAUAAGUACCUUAAAUUCAGCAUUAGGUGAUGCAUAAAUUCUUACAGUUAAUUAGUUACCUUUCUGCAACACAGUGGUGAGCUAGGCAGAGCCCGCCAGUAGUUUAUUAAUUGGUUGUGCCACUUGAAUCACUUCCAAAUAUUUGGGCCUUUCUGUGAAAGUAUCCAAACCCAAGUUAUAUGAACAAAUAAACCUCUGUUUUCAGUGCAAUGUGUGAAACAGCAGUAGAUACGGAGUAUGGUUGUUUUUCAACCAUAAUUUGUUCACAGCAGACAUUUGUCAGCAUUCUAACAGGAAAGGCACCAGUGUUAGUAACAACGGCUCAGUUUUAUUCAAGUGUCUCAGUUAACCACGACGGCAAUGGUGGAAAAUUAAUGAUUGAGAUUUGAGGUUUUGCUGAUUAAACUGUGGAAAAGUGUUUAUACAAGUUAGAAUUUACUCUGCUUCAGCCAAUCAUAACAGUGACAGGCUCCUUACAGAGUAACGCAUUAUUAAUAAUAAUAAUCCUAUUAUAUAAUAACAUGUACAUACAAUAUAGCCCCAUUUAAAACCAGACUUUAUUCUUCAUAAUGACAGCUUUUACUUUUGAUACGUAAAGUAAUUUUACUGUCACUGCUUUUUGUCAAUUUCUGUGUUCGAUUACACUGCAUUUGAUUAUUGAUUAUUAAUAUAACUAAUAGUUUAACUAACUAAGAGCUAUUAUUAAAUAUUCUGAUUGUGCAAUCAUGGCCCAUUUUGCACAAUACCAGCACCCUGAAACUGAAGCAGAUCUAUGGAACUGGGCCAUCGUUGGUUUUAUUAACACUUGUGCUUUCCCCAAUGCAUCAAACUAAUAAGAGUUAUGAUGAUUACAUUAUCAAAAUAAGAAAAAUGUCUUCUGUGGAAAAAGGUCAAUGCUCGUGGCAGUAACAGAGUGAACCCAGCGACUACCAUCUAACACCUUUUAGAGACUGAAAGAUACAAUUUGGCCUCAAGUGAGAUAUGUGAUCAAAAACACAUUUUCCCUUUAAUCAAAUCCACAUACUGUGUGUUGCUGGUUUUCAUCUCUGCUCAUUUUAUAAUAGACACGACCAGUAACCGCACCAGUAUUGGUCUAAGGUUGUUUUGUGUCUGAUCUCAUGAAGACUUUUACUGAAGAACUGGGCAUUGUACAGUCUGACUGUUACCGACAUAAGUGCACUGAUGAAUCCCCCUGUGUUCCUCUUGUAUCCCAAUAACUGAGCCUGUCGGAGCACGGAGACACUGAAGGGACGAGAAGAUGCCAAGUGAAAUGGAGUUUUAUUCAGACUGAAGCUCAAGACUGAAGACUGAAGCUAAAGAAACGAUCAAAAAAUGAAUCACUCAAUGGAAUGUGAUUAUUCAUGACAAUGGAAACUGUCUUUGUGGUUGUCUGCAAAAUUUCUGUCUCCUUUUGAAAUUCACAGAGGAAAAGUUUAUCAUACAAAUGAAGAUAAACAGGCUCAUUGUUAUGCAUUAAUCAUAUAAAUGUGUGAUUUGAGCUCUUGCUGCAACAUGCCUCUGAAGGGCAGAGCUCGUAAGUCUUUAUUUGUAAAUGCAAUGCAAUCAUUUGUCAAGAAUCAGCAUUGAAGGGAUUAUUUCCGUUUCAAUCAAACAUGAACUUGCAGCUGGUGAUGGAGCCUUUCCAGAAAAAGAUUUAGCUCUGUGUUUUGAUUGUUCUGAGGCAUUUUGCACUUUAUCAGAAAAUCAGAAAGAUACAGGAAUGUCCCGCAACUCUUAUAUUUGUAAUAAUUAGUUUGAGAACAAACAUUAAGCCGUUGAAAUUACUCCACAACAGAAGUGAUGUACUGUUGAUAACACAGAGCAUAUAGUAAAAAAUUAAAAAAAAAAACUAUAUUCCCAGAAACCUAUGUUACGCAAGAUAUUUAUUCUGGUUACUAUGGUAUGUUUAUGAUUUGAUGUCCAUGUUGAAUGUUAACAUCUUGACUGUGUGUGGUCAAAUCUGUUUUCUCCCCAGUUUCAGUCUGUUGUAGAUCAUCAGCAGCAUGUAUCAUGCAGGCAAAUGCUAAUGUUUUGGUUGUUAGUCUCCUACGAUUGGUCUGCUUCUGCUGUGUCAUGAGAGUAGAUCAGUUUAAUUCCUCCUGCAGCCUUUGCAUGUUCGCAGUGUAGAUUCUCUUCAAAAUGCAUCAAUCAUAUAUGUGCUGCAACAUUUAGAAGCAGGCUCAUCCCUUUAGUUGCUGUUGUUGUUAGUUUUUCAAAAGCCCCAAUUAGAAAUACUCUGAAUGGAAUGUUUAGGAACUGAAAGUCAUUCGAAAGUAAAUAUUCAGGCAAUGAUUUAGGGGAUUAUAGAUUUACGAGGAUUUCUGAUGGCCAAAAUGAUUUUACUGCAAUCCAUUACAAGUGUCCUAAUCAUGCCUUUUGUCUUUUCUAUUUUUAAACUACAAUGCCAGCACAACCUGUCGAUUGAUUUUGAUUCUCCAUAUUAAUUAAAUGUGAUUUUUUUGUUAUUAAA